UAAGUGAUAGUGAUACUAAACUUUUUGAUCGUUAGAUGUUGUUAUUCAUCCAUUGUAUGCAAAUCUGAAAUUGUCUAUACUCAACGUUAUACUGUCUACUGUCAGUGCCCAGUAUUCCAGUACUGUGCAACGAAUUGUUCAUGGAUGUGUUAUUAGUAAUUUCUUAAAAAUUAAUAAAAAAUAUGUCUAAUCAAAAAUGGUCUGAAGGUCUAUCCAAUGAACGGAUUACAGUAUUAAUGGCGCCAUUCAAAAAUCGGUCAGUAAACGAAGUGAAUUAUGACAACAAAAUGAAAUUCUGGAAAAAUACAAUUGUAUCAGACUGCGACCGUAGGCACCGUUGUUCAUUUUCUGUAAAUGAAUUGAAAACAUGGUUCUUGUUUAAAGGACGAUCGCCAUUAUGUCUACUGCCGGUUGUUGAGGAUAUGUUUAGAGAAGGUAUUAUAAAAUCCCGAUCAAGUUUUGAACAAAUGACAUCUCAAAGUAACAGUAAUUGGUCAUCUUGGGCAGUAAACACUUUAGUAAAAAAUCCAUUGUCAUGGUCUGUUGGUAGAAUUAAAGAAUCAAUUUUGCCUCCUACUCCUACUAUUGACGAAAAAUCUGAAUAUGUUAUCUUACAUUUGAUUGAGAAUCAAGCUAAUGAGCUAUUUAACACUAUUUCUGUGAAUGAACAAUCACAAAUUCUUUUCAUGGAUGAUUUACAAAAAAAACUUCAUGAAAUGUGGAAUGUUGACGUGUCAAUGACUUCUACUGAACUUAUAGUACACUCUUUGGAAAUUCGGAAUAAAGUUUUUGUAGAACGUGGUGAACAUCUAGUGACCAACAAGACAUUAGUUAAAAUCGCAAGUUGUGACAAAGAUGUUGAACCCAUUAGUGAAUUAGAAAAGAAUUUUUUUAAAUUAAAAGAAACUGAGAAAAUAUUAAUUGGUGAAAUUAGCAAUAUGGAUUUUGAAAAAGAAUCCUUGACCAAAGAAGCUAAAAGUUAUAUAGCCAAAAAUAUGAAGCCUAUUGCGCUAACAUACCUUCGGAAAAAGAAAGAAGUUGAAAAAAGAAUAGAAAAGCAACUGAAAUCACUUGACAAUGUACAAGCCUUAAUUUCAAGAAUAGAAGAAUCUAAAUACAAUGCUGAAGUAUUACAAUCAUAUGCUCAUGGACUUGCAGCUUUAAAACUUUCAUCCAAAGAAACUGGUCUUACAAUUGAUAAUGUUGAUGAAACCAUGGCAGAAUUAGCUGAAGUCAUAGACGAACACAAAGAUAUGCAAUCAGCAAUGGGUAGUUUAGUCGAUGUUAAGCAAAAGUAUAAUGAACAAGAAUUAGAAGAUGAACUGGCUGACCUUUUGGGUAAAGAUGAACCAACAGUAUCAAACACAGAAAAACAUCAUAUUCCAGACCUACCAAGUGUACCAGACAACAGUUUGGAAGGUGAAGAAUUGGACCUUGACCGGAGACUCCAGUUGUUGAGAGAACAUUAAGUAAAUUAAUCAAGAAAAUAAUUAUUUUAAAUAAAUACAAUAGUAUCAUGUAUAUCAUAAUUUUAUAUAUUUACUUACAUUAUAAAUAAUUAUAGCCAAACUGCUAAUAAUGUACAAA